UGACGUCUAUUUUCUGAGACAUGUGGUGGUGGUGGUCUUGCAGAGGUGACAUACAGGCGGAGGCGACAGAUGUAAAUAGAAUUACACUGUACUCUAUGUAUCCUCAUCCUAGAGCAGCAACUUAAAACAGAUUCUCAACUUCACGACAAUAUUAAAGUCUGCAAACCGAACUAGAGAAUGGCCCUGGCAGCCUGUUGCAUGGUUUGUUGUAGAAGAAUGAGCACUGCUGGCCCUGCUGAAAAAAGACCUACAAUGUGGAAGUCUAUCAGGAAACUUGCGAAGAUCACUGGAUUGGUUGUUUUAGGAGGCUGUGUUUUUAUUACUUACGAGGUGGCUGCACUAAACAAACGUGUGACCCUUGAUACCCAAGCUACACUGCAAGAGAAGCUUAAGUCCUAUAUUUAUCUGAACACCACCCCUUUCGAGGAAAAAGAGACCUUUGGUUCAUUCCCAGGUAUCACAUACAAAAUCAGGAAGGAACUGCACAGGGCAGUAAGAAGAUUUUUGGAAACUUCUGCGAAAGUUCUUCACAGGCCCUUGGAUGAACACCUGAUAAGCCUGGAUGUGGACACUCAUGAGUAUGCACUCUGGCUCCUCCUGAAGAAAUCCAAGGCGAAAGAUAAAGAAACACGGCUGCAGGCUGUCCAGGAACUGGCAGAGAUCUCUCACUGGCAUGAUUACCAAUACAGGACCGUAGCUCAGGCCUGUGAUCAGCGGACAGCAAUUGGCUUGGCUCGAUCCAAGGAUGUUGAUCUGCGAUUCUUUUUGCCCCCAUCUCAGUUACCCAAGGUGGAUGAUGACUUCUCCAUAGAAGAUAGACUGAGACAGUUGCUAGACUCUCUUCCCCAGUCUGAGGUGGAUCAAUGUGUGCAGUACUUCACUUCUCUUGCUUUGAGGGAAAGCAGUCAGUCCUUAGCAGCACAAAGGGGUGGAUUGUGGUGUUUUGGAGGAAAUGGAUUACCCUAUGCACAGAGUUUAAGCUCCGUGCCUUCUGAGAAAGUGGAGUCAUUCUGUUUGCAGGCAUUGGUUCAGCACUCUAAGGUUCCCAGUCACUGUGAGGCAAUUGUAGCAAACGGUGGUCUGCAACUCUUGCAGAGGGUAUACCAACUCCGGAGUGAUUCCCAGAAAAUACAGAGGAACAUUGUCCGCAUCAUAGGAAACAUGGCCCUGUGUGAGAAUUUACACACAGCGAUAGUGCAAUCAGGAUGGAUUUCUGUACUGGCGGAGUUAACAAAAUCACCACACAAUAUCCAGGCCUCCCAUGCAGCUAGAGCCUUGGCUAAUUUGGACAGGGACGUGUUGCACGAGAAAUAUCAUGAUGGCGUGUACAUUUUACACCCUCAUUAUCGUACUAGCCAGCCAAUUAAGGCAGAUGUCCUCUUCAUUCACGGUCUGCUGGGAGCAGCAUUUAAGACGUGGCGGCAGCAGGACUCUGAUCAAACACAAAAUGGAAACGAUGCCAGCGAAAAAGAGGACUACACUGAAUGCUGGCCAAAGACAUGGCUGGCUGAGGACUGUCCUAAUCUGAGGGUCCUGUCUGUUGAGUACGACACUCAUCUCAGUGACUGGAGAGCAAAGUGUCCUAUUGAAAACCAAAGGAAGUCUAUGGCUUACAGGAGUCGUGAGCUACUCAAUGCGAUAAAGGCAGCUGGUGUUGGGGACAAGCCUUUAGUAUGGGUAGCACAUAGUAUGGGAGGACUGCUUGUGAAAAAGAUGCUCCAAGAUGCCUCAAAGGACCCAAGUUUGCAGACUUUGAUAAACAACACCAAAGGCAUCAUCUUUUACAGCGUUCCUCACCAUGGCACCUUAAUGGCAGAGUAUUCGGUCAAUGUUAGAUAUUUACUUUUUCCUUCUAUAGAAGUUAAGGAACUCAGUAAAGAUUCUCCUGCGCUGCAAGAACUGAACGAGAGUUUUCUAAGCAUGGCCAAAAAAAGGGAGUUCAAAGUGUUAAGCUUUGCAGAAACCUUGCCGACAACUAUAGGCCCUAUGAUGAAGAUGCAUGUAGUGCCAGUGCUGUCUGCAGAUUUGGCAUUUGGUGACCUAAUUCAGGUAGAAGUCGAUCAUCUGAACAUUUGUAAACCUGAGAACAAAGACUCCCUCCUCUACAAGCACAGUUUACAGUUCAUCGUAGAUGCACUGACAGACGUACUCAGCAACUAACAAAUGCUUUACGCAAAAACAUCCUAUGUCCUGUUGUGUUUUUUUUUUGUUUGCACAUGCACAGUGCCAUUUUCUGUCUAUUAAAAAUCACUUUGUCACGCAGUAGGAUAAGCAAUAUUAAAUCAACCGACAGGUUUGUAACAUGUUUCUUAUGUACUGGAAUAUUUCAGUUUUACUACGGAUGGGGAUUCUGAUAAAAACUCAAACAGGAUUUAGCCAUUAUCUUCUGCUAGCCCCUUACAACUGUUUAGAGUUCUAUCACAGCACGGCAUUAAAGAGAACGGGCAGUUGUUCUACUGUUAGGUGGAUUUGUUGUCAGAAGCAAGUGGUGUCAAAUAGAUGAUUUAUUCUUUACUGAAGCACUGAAUAUGCUUGCAUUUGUUUCAGUUCAUAUUUAUAAAUACAUACUUGAUUGUGCAUUUACAUGGCCAGUAAUAUUCCACUAGUAUUCGGAAUACUGAGUAAUCCAAAUAUAUAUUCCGCCGUGUAAACAGAAUAUUUGGAAUAUGAAGAUGAAUAUUCCACCUCUGCAUAUUCAGAAUAUUGGAGGUGGUAUAUUCCACUAGUAUGCGGAAUACAAGUGGUCAAGUGGCAGGAAUUAACAAGCCCAGGCGCCCAAAUGUCAUGUAUUUAAGUGAAACGCAUAAGAAACGCUAACCUUCCCAUAAUAUUUUCUUUGACAUACAUUGCUUACUUAAACGAUUUCCACUAUCUUAUUAGAAAUGUAUUGUUUAGUACUGAUCUGUACAUUCUACUUUGUCCCCAGCAUUUGAAUAAUGCUGAGGACAACAGACAUAGACAUGUAAUAUAACCAAUCCAAGUGAGGGGUUGCAGUCACGUGACCUUAUGGCGGCUAAUGCAAAAUGUAAUGUAGUUGCAACCACAGAGCACACUUCUUACCUCCCGUCACAGAAAUUAGAAAGAUAUAUUAUGAUGUGCCAGAUACUUGGAAUGUGUGACCCCUGUGUACCCCCCGGUAUGCGAGCACGCUUUGACGUGAUUUGACCAAGUUUCUUUUUUUCCUUUUAAGAAAACUUACUUACUGGUACAUGUUAACAAUUAAGAAAAAUUACAUUUUCAAUAGUUUGUUACAAAAUACAGUUCUGAUAUGAAUUAUAUACAGUAUUUAUGUUGUUCGUAUUAAACGUUUAACAUCUUUCGUUAAAUACUUACAAUUAAAACAAUGUAUAUCACC